UAGAAGGGGGGCAAACGGGAUAUAUCUCUAGACUUCCUGCGCGCACAUUAGAGAGAUUCAAUCUACAUAGGCUGUCAAUAUACAGAGGCAUAUUUACAUACGUAUGUGCGCGUAUGUUUGGAGAGAGUAUUCAGUACCCCAUUUUGCAACGGGAGAGCAAGUGAAAUUUAUCUCGUGAAUUCUGUUCAGAAAAUGGGGUGGACAAUCCCUAUUAACUUCUUUCUUGGUUCUGAGAUUUAGGGUUUGUUCGCUGAAAAAAUCUCAAACCCAGAAUUAUAUACGUUGCGUGUUGAAAUACAUAUACGCGUGUGUAUAAAUUGUCUGUUCAAAAAAUUUAGGGUUUUAUUUUUAAUUUUUUUGCGAAGAUUGUAUAUCGGUGUUGUGUGAACGAAGAUGGAUGGAAGGAGAAUAACAGCGAGUCCGCGGCCAUGCUCUGGGCGGCGAGUGGUGGCAAAGAAGCGGCUUCGGAGCUCAGAUGGACUUGUUAAUUGCGUGAAAAAGCUGCAAAGACGUGAGAUUUCGUCAAAGCGCCACCGUGCUUUCCGUAUGAGCGAUGCUCAGGAGCGGUUCCGCAACAUCUGCUUGCAGGAGGAAUAUGAUACUCAUGAUCCCAAGGGUCACUUUCCCAUGAUGUUGCCAUUUCUCAAGAAGAGGUCGAAAAUUAUUGAGAUAGUUGCUGCUCAUGAUAUUGUCUUUGCUCUUGCUCAAUCUGGUGUUUGUGCAGCAUUCUGCCGAGUGACUAACAAGAGAAUAUGCUUUCUGAAUGUAACUCCUGAUGAAGUUAUUCGAAGCUUAUUUUACAAUAAAAAUAAUGAUUCCCUCAUCACCGUUUCUGUUUAUGCUUCAGAUCAUUUCAGUUCCUUGAAAUGCAGAACCACGGGGAUCGAAUACAUACGAAGGGGUAAACAAGAUGCCGGUUUUCCUCUCUUUGAAACAGAGUCAUUGAAGUGGCCCGGUUUUGUGGAAUUUGAUGAUGUAAAUGGGAAGGUUCUUACUUAUUCUGCACAAGACAGUAUAUACAAGGUGUUUGACUUGAAAAACUAUAUGAUGCUGUACUCCAUCUCGGAUAAAAAUGUUCAUGAGAUUAAAAUCAGUCCAGGAAUCAUGUUACUGAUAUUUAACAAAGCUAGUGGCCACGUUCCUCUAAAAAUUCUGUCCAUUGAGGAUGGGACUGUCCUUAAAUCCUUCAGCCAUCUCCUUCAUAGAAACAAGAAGGUGGAUUUCAUUGAACAAUUCAACGAGAAGCUUCUUGUCAAGCAAGAAAAUGAGAACCUACAGAUUCUUGAUGUUCGCAAUUCAGAAUUAAUAGAAGUGAGCAGAACCGAGUUCAUGACCCCAUCAGCAUUUAUAUUUUUGUACGAGAACCAGUUAUUCCUGACAUUCAGAAACCGAACCGUGGCUGUUUGGAACUUCCGAGGGGAGCUUGUGACUUCAUUUGAGGAUCACCUUUUAUGGCAUCCAGAUUGCAAUACGAACAACAUAUACAUAACAAGUGAUCAGGACCUUAUCAUUUCGUAUUGCAAAGCUGAUUCUGAUGAUCCACUGUCAGAAGGAAACGCUGGUUCGAUCAAUAUCAGCAAUAUCUUGACAGGGAAGUGCCUUGCAAAAAUAAAAGCAACCAAUGGUUCUCUCAUGGAUGAUUGCAGCAGAAGUGCGAGUUGUGGGGGCAAAAUUUGCAACUCGAGGAAGCAUGUACAAGCUUCUAGAAUAAGGAGCACUGUUACAGAUGCUUUGGAAGACAUCACUGCUCUCUUCUACGAUGAAGAUCGCAACGAGAUAUACACUGGCAAUCGGUUCGGCCUUGUCCAUGUAUGGGCUAACUGAAGUUGUUUGUUGUCUCGUUUCCAUAUGCACAAGUAAAUACCACUGAAUUUGUUCACUAGUUCCUCCUUCCAUGGCAUUUUUAUGCCUUGUAUCCAUCCCACUUGCAUGUUAUACCUUUCAAGUCUUUAUCAAAUUGGCCUAUCAGGCAGUAGCCGAGAGACUCGGAUGUUAGAGCAUUUUAUUUUGUAGACGUGGCUCUUAAGUAAACUUUAGUGAGCCGCUGGUUUUUGCAUUUGCGUUUUAAGCGGGUUGAUGUAUUUGUGAUGGAUGAAUUUGAAUUGUAACAGUUUUUCUGGUUGCAUUGUAAAUUGCUUGCCCAUGUUGCCUUCU